CCAGAUUUCCUAGUUGUGAGAAAAUGGUUAUAGCAAAAAAGGUUGGACUACAUUUGUUUCAUACUGUAUUAUUUAAGGAGUGUGUGAGUUGUAGUCAGUUUCGAUUUUAUGUUUGAUGUUUUUUGCUCUUUAAACUGCCCAGAGUCCUUAGGAUUGAGUGGAAUAAUAAUAAUAAUAAUAAUAAUAAUAAUAAUAUCUGAAAUCCUCUCUGACCCAUCGCAUCAGCAAAAUUAACCCUUCGUUGCUGAGCAUGAAAAAGCAAAGGUAUCCAUUCUCACACCAGCGAAGGGCUGUUGGCAAACAGCAGAUAAUUGUAGAGUUCACUUAACCAGAUUCUCGGCAUGCAGAUUAACUGCUUCCCCUUUGCGUUAAAGCGCUGUAACUCUUAGUUUGCCUGAGUGAGAAGAAAUGUGAAUGCGCGGAGCAGCUCUUCCUUUAACAAAAAAGUCCCGAGUCUUGGAAAAAUUAGGCUUCUUUCCGCAGCGAUGUGCGGCCGUCAGGCGAUCGACUGCAGCAGUUCCGAGCCUUGAGCACGCGUAUUUCCUCCAUCACAGUAGCGUGGCUUCUUUUUAGCAACGGCGGGAAGCAUCGAAGUAACGAAGUAACCUCGAAACACCACCAACAACAAGAUGACCUUCUUGCUGGAGGCUGCCUCGCUCUUCCAUCUUUAAUGAUUUGUAGCACCAUUGGCAAGCAGGAACAUGUACAGCCCAUGGUGAUGUAAGACCAGAAGAUGGCAGGACUGCCAGAGCUCGGGGACCCUCCAGGGGAGGGCACUUUGGGGGCUGGGGCAUUUUCUAUUUCCUACUUGGCUGGCAACCGACUCAACCUAGACGUCUAUCCUGAGAGCUGCCGCUUGUUCCUCAAGCUGCUUGAGAGCAGGAGAGAAGAAGUAGAACAGGUGGAAUUCUUGAGGCUGAACUGCAAUGAGGACCUUAUCACUUCCACCCUGAGCACCCUUCCUGCUUUGACAGCCUUGAAAUCUCUUGUGCUCAAAGGUGGACACUUCAGGGAUGAAAUUGGUGCAUGUCAGAGAGGAUUGCUAGCAUCUUUGCCACAAGAGUUUGGGCAGCUAAAAUGCCUUGCUCAUCUAGAUCUCAGCUUCAAUCGGUUCAUCAUUUUACCUCCCUGCAUUACUAAGCUGGCCAGUCUCAGUUUUCUCUCGGUCAACCACAACAACUUGCAGAGGCUGCCUGAGGACUUUGGCCAGCUUGCCAAGCUGACUUUUUUCUCUGCCAUGAAGAACCAGCUGAAAGGUCUGCCACAGAGCAUUGGGAGUCUGGCAGCAUUGCAGACACUGAACCUCUCUGAAAACGCACUGGAAUCACUUCCAGAAGAGAUUGGGAAUUUGCACAGCUGCACAGAGCUUGAUCUCUCUGGAAAUGAAUUAACAGGAAUCCCCAGUUCUCUUGCCAAUUUACAAUCUCUGCAGCAGCUGCAUCUUCACAGCAAUCUUUUGACAACUGUUCCUGCCUCCCUUGCCUGCCUGCCCAACUUGUCCAGGCUUGAUCUGCAGAAUAAUAGGCUUCGAAGCAUCCCUCCAGAGAUCCAGAGUUUUCCUUUUGUGCACCUCCGGGGUAAUCCUCUAGGAGAACUGGAGGUGCCUCUGCAAUCAGAUGACUCUAGUUCAGAAGAAUUACAGAGAGUAUAUCUUAAAGUUGAUGAAGACAGCUUUACCGUGACUCCUGAAGGCUGCCGCAUCUUCUUGGCUUGUGGCAUUCAACUACAUUUCCCACAGGGUGCUGCAGCUACUCUAGUAACUAUUCACUUCCAGAAACACUCCCCUGACCCUCACUGGGUGAAGCUGAAUCACCAUGACAUCCUGCUAAGUGAAGUCCUGGAACUGCAGCCCCAUGGGAUUCAUUUCCAGCAGGAGGUGCGGAUCUGGAUGCCCUACGCCUCUCCUCACAGCCUGAAGGACCGUGAGCUCCUAAUCCGAACCUUUGAUGGGCAGAAGUGGAGCGAUUUGGGAACCAGAGUGAAGUACAAGGGCAAGAAGCGUUUGGUCUGCUGCAACGUCUUUCACUUCUCCUGGUUCUUGGUUGUCUCUCGCCUUGUGGAGAAUGAAUGCAAAGUCUCUCAGGAAGGGGGCUUGCUUUUUUCAACCAUUGAUCCCAACAUUAAAGUGACCUUUCCUCCUGGUGUGACCGAGGAGACGAGGACAGUGAAGCUUCAGGUGCUGCCUGUGUCAACAAAGGAGCUAAGAGAGAUCACAGGUGAUUCUGAAACGGUUGCCAGCCCUCUCCUCUGCCUCUCUCAGAAUUCCAUGGUGGACUUCCUUCAGCCUGUUAAAAUUCAGCUUCCGCUGCCUCCUGGUGUCACAGGUCUAACCUUGGAUCGUUCCAGGGUACAUUUGUUGCACAGUGACUGGCAUGCUCAGAACUGGAGUGACAUCACUGAUCAAGUGGUACUGGAGUUCACCCACCUCUAUGCCUUAUUUGAAGUCACACACUUCUCUUGGUACUGGCUGUGGUGCACCACAAAAGCCUACAUUGGUGGCUUUGCUAAGGAAGUCUAUAAAAGGUUGCGGAUGUACCAGGUGAACUUCAUAGCACUACAGAGGAAGAAAGAUCCAGAGCAAGUCUUGCUGCAGUGUCUCCCAAAGCACAAGGUGGAUCCUGUUUUGCAAAAGCUCCAUGACCGAUAUCGAGGCCCCGAGCCAUCAGAUAUUGUGGAGAUGUUUGAAGGAGAACAGUUCUUUGCAGCUUUUGAACGAGGCAUCAGCAUUGAUGCAGACCGCCCAGACUGCAUUGAUGGAAGGAUUUCAUUCAACUUUUUCUCUCAUUUGAAAAAUGUGAAGGAAGUCUACAUUACCUCUGAAGUGGACAGAAAAAGCAAGGCUGUGAAAGGGCAGGUUUCCUUUUAUCGAGGAGCUGUUCCGGAGAGCAUUCCUGAAGAGAUUAUGAGGAGGAGGAAGGGCCCCGACUCUCAUUGGCUAGCCACAUUGCCAAUCAAGCUACCUAAACUGAAAACUCAGGUGAACAAGGAGCUUACAACUCCAGAUGGCUUCUCUCUUCCUCCUCUGAAUUUGGGGAAUGCUGAAACUGGCUACUUGACACAGUCUAAUCUACUUGGCAUUGCUGGGCGCGUAGGAGCGGAAUGGAGGGCCAUUGGUUUAAGCCUGGGAUUGUCCUAUCAGCAGAUAGAGCGGAUACAGUACAAUAACAGGGAGGACCUCCAUACUCAGAUUCUUGAUAUGCUCUUCUCCUGGGCUCAGCAAAAUGAAAAGAACCCUGACUGCAUAGACAAGCUGAUUACAGCCAUGCAGGAUAGCGGCCGCCAAGACAUCGCAGAUGAGAUCACCGCCAUUAUUGGACUGGGAAGGCAAAAAUAUACGGAGUCCAUCCAGAGGGUGGGCCUGGGCCUGGACCGCAAAAGUAGCACAGAAGAUUCUGCUAUUGUUAUGGGAUAAUUGCUAGCAAAGGGACGUCACCUUUUUACCUUGAAUGUUGAGACUGCACAAAAGCCUAAUAGCUGAGCUGUUUCUGGCCAUUGCAAGAGCUAAGGCCACUGAACCAAGUUUCUAGUCCUGCACAUGAUGUAGAAAUGCUUGAUCUUUCAUUGAGCUCCCCAACACUCAUACUUGGGGCUCCUGGAAUGGAAAUGGCUGGCUGAGACUUGGGAUGGUGCACUGAAGCUCUGGGAAGUUGUGAAGUACAAUCAUACUGGAUUCUAAGUGUUGCUGUAUUGGUGGCAUUAAUCUAUAAUAGCACUAUCUCUGCUGGGGGGAAGAAAAAACACAAUUUGUAACCUGGUGCCAAGACAAAGGGAUAAAAGAAUAGGGUUGUUCAUCAGAGAAGGAUUGGGCUAAGAUGCUCUUGUAUUCUGCCCAGGUACACGAGUUCAAAGGUCUUCGAACCUCUGAGUUUACCAUGUGAGAAACACACAGCUCUUCUCAGAUUUACCUUGAGUCCUUUGGGCUGUGGAUUUAUCUCUUACAUCUCUCUUGGCUUUAGAAGAGGAGUUGGGGCUACUAUCAUGCUUUCUAAACCUCGCCCUUUAAUUAGCAUUAUCUGAUUCGCACACUGUGCUAAGCCAUAAUGCAAUUUGUUUGGUUUUGUGGGAAACCAGAAUGUGUAGAUUAGUGUUUUGUAUUAAUCCAGCUAAUUAAGAUUUAGUCAACAAACUAGGAUUAAUCAAAUCCAGGCUGUUCCUUCUUUAAGAUUACUAGUACUGUCCAAUUCUUCUCUUUAGUGUGUUGCUGCCAACUAGUCAUGUUUCUGUGCCACUGAAUUUACUUUUACUAGAUACUUGUGAGCAGCCACUUGCAAGUUCAUCUGGGAUAAGUUAGACUCCCAAGGAAGUUUUACUAAGUUCCCUCUAUUUUCCUUUAGGGCAAAAAUGACCUUAAAUGCAUAAGGCAGGCUAGUACACAAUACUGUCUACGGACCCUCGGAGUUUAUUUUUUGUUUAUUUGUUCCUUGUGGUAGAACUUCUGAGUCUCCCAAGUUUUAAAGUGAUUCAGCCGGGCUGUCUUAAGGAUGAUGCAGUUUUAGAAGCAAACUGCAUGCUGCCUUGGUUUGAAUUGUUGCUUGGGGUGAUCCUUGCCUUUACUUCAACACUUGGACCUUGCAGGACCUCCUAUUUUUUGUGUUAAGAAAAGAUUCUAUACUAUGACUUUGGGUCUUUCCCCUCCUGGGUAGAUAGCUGUUCUUUGACUGAUACUGUGAUGGGGAAUCUCUGUCAUGUUUUAAGUUAUCUCACAGCAGUUACUGAAGCACAGUCUUGAACUAGGGCUCCGCUGUUGCAAUUUAACAUGCUAGUCUCCCCCAUUCUGUUUCAUCCUUUUGGAUGUCAUCAUCUGUACUAAGGAAAGCUGGGAUUUGGGACCCAUAAAAUUGGAUCAUUCUUCCACAUUUCAUUUUACACCUAGACUGUUUUUCUUCAGGUACUCGCAGGAAAAAGGAAUAGCACUGAAGGAUAUUAAUGGGCAAGAGAUGCUUCUUUGACCCUCUUUGGUCCUUCUAAAAUUUUCCUUUAAAAAUAAAUAAGGAAAAAAAAAAGCCGAGCAGGCCAUAAACAGAUUGCAUAAUCUCUUCUGACAAACUCUUGGACCAGAUGCUGUAAAACACUGGAUCUCUGGCUCCACAUAACGCAUUAACCACAGUAUCACUUUUCUGUUUGUGACUUAGCAUGGAAUUUAAAACUUAACCAUUGUGAUUUGUAAAUUGCAAUUUAUGGCUUAGUAUGAUUCCGGUCAUUUUGGUUUACUCAGUAGGCCGUGGUUAAGGCAAAUCACAUCAACCAAUAUAAUGCGUCAUAUCCAGGACAGAUUAUUCCAGGUAGUUCCACACCCAAUUAUCUUGGAUAGCUGUGGUCAAAGUCAUCUGAUCACUAGGACAAUUUUUGUUUAGGUUUUUUUUUUCCAGAUUUUUCUCCAAACAUUUCUGUUCCUGAGUCACUUAAUGCGCUUUUAGCUAGAUUGGCUAGAUUUUUAUUGCUGGAGUUUUAUUGCUUAUAAAAGGAAAGAUUAAAUUGAGAAUUGGGCAGAUUUUUUAAAAAAUAAUUUUAUUAUAACAGACUAGCUGGAAAAAAAUCUAUGUUGUCACUACUGUUGAAGGUUGAUCCUGAUAGUAGGAAGCAGCUUUCUAAUUCUGUGUCAGAAAUAGGAAGGCAACUCACACUUACAGCCUCUCCUCUCUUACCUUUCAACCUUGGCUUCUUCCUUCUUGCCAUCCUCUUUUCACGCCCCAUCCUCUCAGUCCCAGCUGCCCCUUUAGUGUCCUUAUGUAAAGUGAACCAUUUUUUAUUGUUCUUUUUAAAAAGUGGUCAUCUUAAAAUUGUCCUAGGAACUGGUGGUAGCUUGAUCAUUGUUGCUGUAAGCCAUCAAGCCAGUUCUGAUCAAACUGAUGCAGAUGCUCCUUUUUGCAAAAGCCGAUGUCUUGUAAAUGUAUUUCUACUUUUUAAUGCUCAUGUCCUGUCAGCAGUUUCAGAGCUUCACUAUUUGAUUGUAAGUGCUGUUUAAAAACUUGUGAUGUCCCUGAGUAAAUACCUGGGAUGUAAAGCUGUUCGAUAUUUUCUGUAGAUGCUGAUAAAAGGACAUUUUCCCCAUUUGGAAAGCUAUGGUACUUUAUUCGAUGUUUGAAAUGUUCAUUUUUACGAUGGACCUGUAAGAAUCAAAUAAGCACCAACCAGAUGGAUUUUUCUUGGUCCUGCGAACCCUUCAUGUCUCUUCUAUCAAGAGCUUAAGUGCUUUGCACCCUUCCAUCUUAACAGGAGUUGCCAGUGGGCUGCAUUCUUCAUGUAGUUGGAGAGAGAGGGAUUUACAUUUAAGCACAAGGAAUGAUAUGUUUCCAUUUUCAUCUCUACUUAGAAUGGAAAUGAAACAAAACAAACUUUCUGGAUUGGAGUUCUACUAUUUAUUCCUUCUGUGGCCCUACCAAAAAUAACUACUUUUGAGAUUUAAUUGUCAAAUGCCUCUUUUCCCCCUUGCUUUGGUGUAAGAUUUUUAUGCUUGCCUGUAUUAGGGAAAGCUUUAUGUUUGGUACUCCAGUUCUGGAGAGAUUAAACAGGGCAUAUUGCCUUUAUUUGUAAUACGUAGAAUUUUGUUUAAUCUUAUAUAAACUAACAAUGUAGGUUGCUCUAAUGGAAUGCGUCAAAGCUGCUAGCCCCAGACAAAUGAAGAUGGUGGCAAUCGGUACCGUCUGGCCUGCUGAAGAUUGCAAAGUGGUUUGCAAACUGCUUUCGAAAUAAGAUGUCCCCAUUCUGCACCACUAUAAUUCUUUGCAAAGAAAUAAAUUCUGCAGUCUUUCUAAAUAAUGCAAAUAUUCUGAAUGUGUGUACUGUGUAUCAUUUAUUCCUCUUCUGUGUACUUGGAUUCCUCUGCAGUUCUGAAUAUUUUCCUUUCAUGCCUACUGAACUUUAGAGGAUAGAAGUGAUUUUUUAAAUAAAUUUUAAUAAAAUGAGUUAGUCUGAAAAGACA